CUAUAUUAGCUGUAAAGUGGUGGUGCAAGUAAGAGAUGGAGGUACCGUGUCAAAAAAAGUAUUUGUUAAUAUAAUAAGGUAGUGGUUUGUAGCACCAAUGCUUUAAAAACCAAAACAGAUGGAUGGAAGCCGCCGUGCCCAUACGAUUUAUAAUGAUCUAGUGCCCAACAAUGGUAAAAACCAGGAGAAAAAAGAGAGUCGUUCCAUUUCAGAGGAAUGCAAUUAUGUGCAGCCACACCUGGAAACAAACCCUUCCCCCAAGCGAAAUUCACCCCUAUUACACACCGAUUCAUUCAUACAAAUCUGUCCUGUUCCCUAUAAUCAACUGAGGAAACAGAAUGAAAAUAAGUUUGCCAACAGGAUAAACAGGCCUAUAGAGAGGCCAGGACCAAUUCAGCGGUUUAGUCCUGCACAACUUAGUAGGCUUACAAACCCAACCACACAACACUUACUACAAAUGGCAAGGCCCCAAUCGUUGACAGCAAGAUUUAAAAUACCAGAUAAAGAAAUGGCAAUGGUACCCAAACAUCAUGUCACUAUCACUGACCUCAAAUUUGAAAGAGGGAAAAUAUUUCAAAGAAAAAUUUCAAAAUCCCAAGAACCUGUGCAAAGAUUUGACAAUGGAGUUCAAUUAAUGUUGGGAAACAAUGGAUUUACAAUGACUCACAUUAAAGCUUUAAGAUUUCUUGAACUGAAUGCUGAUUGGACACAAUGUCCAGUGGAAACCAAAUCAAAUAUUGAAAAACAGAUCGCAAAACUGGAAAUUGCUUACACAAAAGGAGACUUGCAUGUCACUGUAAAUACUAAACGGGGCCAUGUCUUUCAAGUUAAUCAAAUAAAAACCAAAAUCAAUGAAAUGAAAUUUGAGCUCGAAGAGGAAUCUUUUCUUUAUGUUCUGAAUAUUUACUUACAUCAAGAUGUUACGUUGACCAGACAACAAUAUGAUGUGGAUACUGAGCCUGAACUUGGCUCUGUUAUGGAAGAAGUGUAUGAUGUCCAUGCGAAAUUUGGUCGUGUAACACUCGCAAGUCAUCCUCGUAAAUGUAGAGUUGACGGUUGUGAUUAUUGUCUAGUCACAAACAAUGGGCUGUGUUUACAAUGUGAACAUGAAGUCAAACACAGAGGAUUGCAUGGAGACACAAUAAGUACAAGAACACCACAUAGAAGCAUAAUUCAUCCACAUUCAAUGAGCAGGAGUUUUCUAGAUAGGUAUCUUCAUCAAACACUUAGCACAAGAAGAACAGAGCCAACAGCAUAUCAAUCGGAUAUAGCUGUUGAUGCGUCUUUGACAAUUCCAAUGUCAAGCAAUAUGAAUUCAGAACCAAAGUGUCAAGAAACAGAAGUGCAUGAUUUGUCCAAUACCUUUGAAACGCCAGCAAUUUGCUUAAAGUCUACCUGUAAAAAAGUGGCUGCAAAAAAUGCAUUGAACUUUUGUGAAGAUUGUUAUAGAGAAUUCCAAGCAAGCAGAACCACAGAGUUUAUUAAAAGCUGAUGGUAACCUUCUCUUGAGUUUCUGAGAGAAGAAACACAAGGAUAUCAAGUUUUGCUUGUACAUGGAUUGCAAUCAAGAAUAGCAGGCUUGAAUUUCGGCAGAAAGUUCAUUUUAUAGACUAGAUUUCAAUGCAAAGUAAUGCAUGAUCAAGCAUGAAUCAAGAUGAGAUGAUGCCUUCCAAGUGAUUUGACAAGGUGGAAGAAUAAAGUUGAUCAUCACCAUUGUGUGUUUAUCCAAUAAUCAGCUCAAGUUCAUAAACAACAUUAUCAUUGCUCUUAAGUCUUUACAAUGCAUUUAGCUUAAUGGAUUGAAUGAAUGAAUGAAUGAA